UGAGUGCAACGCUCCAUUUAAAUUUGUUCUGCCUUUACUAUAUAUUUUUGUGCUGUGUAUUUUCACCAAUUUCCAAUUACUCUUUCUGGUUUGCUGUGCCGUGUAUGCUUCACUUCUUCCGUCGUUUUUGAUCAGAAUGCUCUGUCGUGUUCCUCGGCGAUUGUCUUUCUCUUCGAUGAUGACGGCUGGCGUCAUCGUCGGCUUCUGUUUCUUCUCAUUCGCCAACCAGCAAUAUAGAUAUUUCCAGUCGAGUGAAAUAUCUUCCGACAACAAAGAUCUAGCCCUAAUCGACGAGUUUACCGAUGCAUUUAGUAACGAGACGGGGGCCGAUGGCUACAUCGUCCCCAAUAUUAUCCACUUUAUCCGCUUCAAUAAAUUCAAGCUCAAUUUCGUCGAUUACGUCGUGCUGAUGGCGGCGAUGCGCAACCACCGGCCGGACCACUUCUAUUACCACACCAACAUCAAGAAUGUGACCUACGACGGCAAGUACUGGGACUGGGUGAGAAAAGACGAGCAACUCUGGUCCCGCAUUCGAGUCAAGUACCUCGAAGCGCCGACGGAAAUCUUCGGCCAAAAGCUGAGCGACGGAUGGCGGUUUCACCACGGGAGCGACAUCGGACGCAUCCGCGUCUUGAUGCAAUACGGAGGCAUCUACCUGGACAACGACUGCUUCGUCAUCCGCUCGCUGGACAAGUACCGCAAAUUCGAAUGCGCCCUCAACUGGGACGAGAAUCAAUUCAUGGGCACCCAGACUCUCAUCGUCCACAAGAAUUCCCGUUUCAUCAAACUCUGGCUGGAAUCUUAUAAGGGCAAUUAUCAUUCGGAUAGAUGGUAUUACAAUGCCGGAGAACGGCCAACGACUGAAAUCCUAUUGCCGAAACCGCAUUUAAUUCAUCGGGUGAAAGGCAAUUUCGGAGCCGACACGGGUGUUUCGAUGAGCAUUUAUACGAAUAAAAAAUCUGACUGGCGUCGUUUGGAUGUCAUCCACUUGCUCAUGAGUCACCGCAGCUACCUGGACCCAAAAUUCAACAAGACGCCCGUCUUUGACGAAAACAACAUCCGCACUUACGAGUAUCCAUUCGGAGACAUGGUCCGCCAGCUCCUCGACAUGUAAUCGCCUCCUCCUUAUUCUCUUGGUCCAUAAAUAAACCGCAGCACCGAGUCCGAUUUCUUUAUAAUGUAAUUACAUCGGAUCGCUUGAUAAAUUAUUUGUGGUAAAUAAGAAUAUA